UAGACACUUGAAAAGGCCAAAUAAUUGGAAUCUUUAAAAAUGAUUUAAAAGAGCCUACUAAGCGAUAAUAUCAUCGGACGUGCAAUGAGGCAUGUAUAAUAUUUAAUCAUCGAUGAUUUGAAAUAGUUGAAACGAUUCAAAGAAGUUCAUCAAACAAAUGACGUUAUUAGGAGAGUUAGUAAUAGUAAUAAUAUAGCCUAAUGAUAGUAAGCCGUAAACCAAAACCAGAAAUCGCGAUGUGUACUGGUUGCAUAUGAAGUACAUUGUACACCGAUAUUCAUCGAGUACUGUACUGAUUAGAGGUUCAUUUAUAUUCUAAGAUAUUGCAUUUUCGCCCACACAAAUAUUAUAUCAAGCAACAUUAAUUUAUGACUAGGACACCAAGCCUUCGUAUUCCUCCCAAACACGCCAAUGAUUGUGCAUCAGCGAGAGAACAGUUUCGAAUACGCCAACGUAUAUACUCAUGUUUAAAAACAAAUAAUAAGUAACUUAUUGAUAUAAACAGUUAUUCACGGUAUUCAACUUGCGUGAAACAGAUAGCAUCACUCUUGUCGAUUUUAUAUUUCAUUUCGACCUUACGUAAUAGACAAACGCAUCAGUUGCAUCAACUUAAUGCAGACAUUUAAUAAGAAGGAUGCCUUCAAACAUUCGAGACCAGGAUCGAGAACCAGAAGUAUUAGAACGUGAGAUUAACAUGUCACAGAAUACUGCUGCCACCGAGUACAAUGAAGACGACGUAAUGGUAAAAUCAAGCACAAACCAAGUAUCCAUCAAGCCGCAUGACAGAGAAAAAGUGCUGCACAACAUGAUAAUAUUUUUGAAUCCUUCGUCAACAACACCAGAAAUUGGAUUAAGAUGUGACAGUCAUAAAAACGUGGCAUUAGAAUUUAGUCAAACUGAAAUACUUUACAAAGACAUGAAGUUAAGUUCACUCGAUAUAUACAAAAUGAACCUGCAACAGCUUUUGGCAGAAGCAACCUUUUUUUUAUCGGACAAUUAUAUCAGGUCGGUAUUGUUGCAAGUAACCGGCGCUAUUGAUCAUUUGCAUAAACUUGGAAAAAAGUUUGGUCGGAUAACGGCUGAGCACAUUUACUUAUCUUGUCAGGAGCAAAGUCAGGAUUCCCCAAAAAUAGUUCUAACAGAAUCUAGUCAAGCAAAUGCCGAAAGCGGGGAACUUGAUAAAGCCGAAGAUGUCGCAUUUUUGGGAGAGUUUUUCAAAUGGUUUCUAGAGGAAGUAUGGAAAAAAAAAGAAAGACAUCUACAAUGCUACGAAAAAUCUACGGCGAAAGACUUGAUUUCUAAAAUGGUGGAAAAGAGUGUUAAUACGAAAGAUAUAUUGCAACAUCCGUUGUUGUGGACUGUUGAGAAAAAGAUCACUUUUCUUUGUGACGCUCAUGAUUCCAUUAAACACCGGUCUAUUGAGGAAAGGGUAGAAAGAGAAGGACAAUCAGUAACAGGCGGAGAUUGGAUCAAAACGCUAUCACUUUUUCCUCGAGAGAAGACAGAAAUUGAAGCUGUGCAUAUAAAUGGAAAAAAGAAACAAAUCAAUAUAGACAUUCUAAAGAAUUGUGCGUCGGGCAAAACAAAAAAUACGAAGUUUGACUAUGCAACAUACCUGUACGACGAGCGAAAAUCAAAACUGACUGAAAUGAGCUGGACCGCACUACAAUCAUUUAUAUCAAACAACAACAAUAAUUCGGAAAACCACAUCGGGAGAAGAGAAGAGAUUAAAAAACUACUAGAGGAGGAAAGAAUAAACAAAGAACCGGCACCGUUUGAGAUAUUUGGUCCCGUGAUAUUGGUAAAGACGUCGGAAGAAUUUAAGAAAGAUUCCUUAUGUGAUCUUUUGCGUUUUUUUCGUAAUCGCAAAGCCCAUUACUGGGAAAGUAAGCAAAACAUCAAGCGCUGUUUUCAGAGUAAUCCAGACGGAUUUUGGAGAUUCUUUUCCUCGCGAUAUCCUGAUCUUUUACCUUUUGUAUACGAACACAGAAUGAUGUUCAUGGGCCCUCUGCAAAAUGCAUAAUUUCCAAUUUGUAUUAACUAUGUUAACAUUUUUUGAGUGUUUCCGUUGUUUAAGCGUCAAAAUGAUAAUCUUCACCGAAAAAAUAUCUUCCAGAAUUCUGAACCCCUGUCUGUAGCUACUCAUAUAAUUCUUAUUAAUCCAGUGGAGUAGGUAUCAGUUACUAAAUUACGUAAACAUUUUAUAUUAGGCCUUAGAAUUGAAAGAGUUUUGGAACAAUAAGAUAAGAGUUUAAUCUCUUUACAAUUGAUUGGUUGUGCUUAACUGGGAAUAUUUGUCAUUCUUGAUGUGCUAAUUUUUUCAUAGACAUUUUGGUGGAAAUAUUGGAAGAAAUUAAUGAAACUGGUACAUUUUGUUUGCAACCCUGUAAUUUGUCUCACGUAAACCCCAUUGGUAAAACUGAAACUAAGUUUGGAAACCACUGAUCUAGAAUCUAAAUAAAAUAUAUCAUCAACAAUAUUCAAAUGAAAAUAGCUGUCAUGUGUUUAUUACUUUUGUAGUGAAAUUAUUGCUUUUUUUAAUAAAAAUGCUUAAGUUAUUGUAAGUUAUUACAAGCAAAUAUUCUUUUUGAACAAGAUAUACAGUAUCUAUAUUUCUAAUCUGUUUUUAAACUGUACGUACAUUUUUUAUUCAUUUUGAAAUUGUAAAACUGUCCGUUAUGCUUAUUCGAAAGUUCCUCCUUUCUUCCAAAUAAUUGGAGGCUCAUAUUCAGGAGAGGAAGUCUAAUAUAUUGAAAAGUAGAUUCGAACUUUGCGACUUCGAUAAUUUUAUAUAUGUAUUAAUAACAGUUUGGACGCUGGGCAAAACACGGAUGCUAAUUAUCGCGUAAAGUACGCCUAACUGAAGGUCAUUUGAAAACAAUAGUGCAAUUUCAUUUCAUUCGAGAAGUCUGUUAUCAUUUUUUGACCCAAGUCUCAUUUAUAGUAAAUGCUCUUGUAUUUGACCACUAGUAAGUCAAUCCAGUUCAAGUCCAAAUGCUAGUUUGAUCUUCCUUUGUUCUGAAGCACCAAUAUUGUGAUAAUCAGGACGAAUCCACCGGAAUUAAUAGAAUUUCGAUAUUGCUAGAAUCGAGAGAAACCAUAAGCAAUGGUCAAUACCCAAUCCGAUUCAGGAUACUCAUAGGUAAUGACAAAAUACAAAGUAAUUACAAUAAGAAUGUGGACACGGAGAUAGAACAGAACCGACGGUACCUAACUGAGCUCCAAGUUCGCCAAAGACAUCGGCGGUCAAACCUGGCGUAAUACAACGUGUUGUUGGAGUAUAUCGAUAAACAAAUACUACCGAAUUUGGUGUGAAUUGUUCGGUACAUGGGACCCAAAGGAAAGACAGGACAAACAGAAAAGUAAUAAUCUUGUAGUGACUUCAACCACUUUUAAUUAUACACUCAAAAUGUGAAAUCGAUUGGUUCAUU